AACCGCGACAUCACACCGCCAACCACUUACACGUCGCAAACAUCACUAAAUACACGUUAAAAUACCCACAAAAACGUAAAAAUAACAUUAAUCAUCCAUUUCCCACCCGCUUUUAAAUAAUAUCGGGCAGUGAGUGAGCAGAAACACGCACGCGCGGUUCCAUGUCAAAACAAACCAGUGAUUCUGAGAUGUAAACAUGAACGAACGCAGGGUAUUCCUCUUUAUUAUAUUCGUUAUCGUAUACUGUAUGUACAGUGUUCAAAUGUGGCUUAUGAAGCAGAAUGUGCAAGAAAAAGAGAUCGAUAAAUACGACAAAGCGGCUGUCACCCCAUCGGAGGCCAGAACGAAAAACUUAUCUCAGGUAAAAACUCAAGCGAAGAAAGCCAUUCCAUUGUACAUUAAAGAUGCAUGCAGUGUUCUUCAAAUAUUCACCGAGAAACCGGAUAUAAAACAGAGAGAUAAAAGAGAACAAUUAAGUGCCGACAACAAUACCAUCACGGUCAUCGGCAUCACGGUUUUUCUUGUUAUUUUGGUACUGAAUGCCGUUCUAGACGUACUGAAGGUGAAGGAAGAAGAAAGAGCUAGAAGAAAAUUGCACCCAGAAGGAGAAAGACGGCAGUCAUUGGCGGAGUUUGCUAACAAGAAAACUUUGAGGCGUGAAUCGAGCAAGUUUGGUCUUCAGUUGUUUCAAAUCGCAGAAAAUAUUGUGAAUAAUGAGGAAGAGAAGAAGACUCGACGUCAAAGCAGGCCGUAUACGCGAGGCGAGUCCAUAAAUUCGUAUCUGAGUGACAGGAAGAGCCUGACGGAAUCAGCUCCUGCAUCCACCGCCGAGACUGCUGCGGAACCAAGGCUGGUCAAAAGACAGUCAGUAGCCAAACUUUUCGGAGCUCGUCCAGUACCGAUGGCUCGCCGCUCAUCGUUUCCAGCCCUGCCUCUGAACCCUGACAUCCAAGCCCUGAUGCUGGGACACCGGCAGCCCUCCUUCGACAGCGAUGACGAAGAUGGCAAAGGUCGACGCGUAAGGAUAAUCAGACGUUUUUAAAUCUAUAUACCAGUUGGUAACCGUUUUAAAUUUAGUUUAUAAGAAUACUUUCAUAUGGGCCGGCAUAAUUCUGUCGACUAGGUAGGGUUAAUUUUUUUGUGAGACACUAUCUGGAAGCUACUAAGCUUACCAUCAGAUGCAAUGGGGUCACAUUGCCGUGUUUGUAUAGAAAAUGCGAUCAAAGCCAUUGUGAUAGAUUCGUAGAUAAAUAUACUUGUAAUGAAACUAGAUUCUUGUACCAAUAUAGACAUUCUUACUAGGUUAUGAACUUUUUAAAGCAAGUUUACGUCUGAACGUUUUAAGAGUAAAUGAUUUAGCAUUGGUGCAAAUAUUUAGACUAGUUUACGAUUCAAUAGAAUCCAUCAACGCUGUUGUUUUGGCUAUAACUGACGAGACGAAAUAUUGGGGGAAAUCGUGGAGACCAUCGUUCUUGUGAAAAUGAAAAAUUAUGUUAUUAAGAAGUUUUUAAUGGUUUAACCUAAUUUCAUUACAAUGAGGUCAAUGUAACACGUUUGUAUAUUAUAAGAAGUAUCGCACCGUAUUGCACUUAUGGAUUUUUUAUGAUAGAUAUAUUAAGGACCUUCACCGACUAAAUAGCCUUGAGCAUUCCUUCCGUACCUAGUGGCUUACACUUUACAAGCAGAAAAUACACAAACAAAUAAUUUCUUUAAAAAAUAAUUUCACGUCUUUGUGAAUAUUUUAAGCUAAUAAAAUAUUCUUCAAUAAAUUGUCUGUCUAACAGUAUUGGCUGCAAAUGAAAAUAAUGUGUAUUUUAGGAGAAGCACGAAAUUCAAAAUUUGAGUGGUAUUUUUAUUAUGAAUUUAAUGUAACAAUAUCAAAGCAAAGAGAUAUUGCAGAGUUAUGAUGUGUAAUUUUAUUUCUAUACCUGCGUUAUAAAUUUUGAAUAUUCGCGCGACGUUUUUUGAUGGAAGGGCCUUAAUGUAAUUGCUUGUAUCUAAAUCUUUUACAAUCUUCUACAUGAAUUUAAACGCCUUAACUUCAUAUUACAGCUAUGUGUUAAUUGAAAACCAUAUAGUCGAUUUACUCUUCCUUCAAACAUUAAAACAUUUUCAUGUAUAAAUUUGGAUGUUUGUGUGUGUUGUAAUUUAUUCCAAUUUGUGUGCACACACGACAAUUUCUCUAUAUUGACGACAGAUAUGCUAUAAUUUUGUAUUAUUUAAUUUAGUUGACUAUAUACCUAUUAAAAUUUGGUUGCAUGCACAACCUAUUCAUGCAUAAUGAAAAGAAUUAUCAUAAUACAUACUUAAUAUGAAAUAAUAGUCACAUAAUAUAAUUUUGCCAAUGAAUAUCAAUGUUUCCUAAAGAUUAAAAUAAGUUAUUUGUAAGCAUGUAAAAAUCUUCGUUCUGAUUGGUCCUGUUCCACGAUGGAUCGGAACAGCGAUUCGGAUAGUUUAUUAAAAUCGGCGGUGAGGCCUUCCUUAUAAUAUCUAAUGGUAUAAAGACAUUGGAAUCUAGUCUUUUAGGUAAAUAGAUGUGUAUGUAAAUACAUUUUAAACACUAUAUACUUAUAAACACUAAGCAUUAAAAGAAUCAAAAUAUACGGCACUAAUAUAUAAUAAACAAUAUUUAGUGUUAAAUUUACAAGACCUCUUCAUAUUACAUACUUUGGUAAGAUUCUGUAUACUAAAUAUAAUACAAUAUCUAUUGUAAUAAAUACUAUUGAAACAAGUGUAAGAAUUUAAUACAUAUUUGAAUUUUAAAUAUAUGUAUAUAAAUACGUUUUAUAUGUAGAUACAAUAGGUAUCAUAAUAACUUACUUACACAAGAUUAAGAUUUGUUAAUAAAAAAAAUAUCUUAUUUGACGUUAAAUUGAAUUCUAAAUCGAUAAGCAUUGAUGAACACGUAUUUCAUAAACAUAUAGUACAGUUACUAUACUACUACAAAUAAUUUAGACUUCUAUCGCUAGUCAUUAUAAGCUCAAACAUUCAUUUUAAAUGUAAAUCUGAAAAUAUUAUUUUAAAUUUAAAUGUAGAAUUUCUUUGUAGAAUUUAAUUGUAGAAGAAUGUAUUGUAUCUUAAAUAAUAUAAAGUCUCAUUUAGAAUGCGAAAAGAUUGUUAAGAUGUAAUUUAUAAAACGAUUUUAAAAUAUGAUUGGAAUUUGGGGACUGCAAUUGAAAGAUUUUAAAAUGAGUAUGGAUAAUAUUGUAUUUCAAGUACGUACUUAUAUUAGAUAAUUAAUUAUUUCAAAGUCUGAAACUCUGUACUUACUGUAAACUCAUAACUUUAUAGUGUCUAGUAUGUAGAUAAGAUUCAAUGUCUAUAUGUAAAUUAUUUAUGAUUCAAUAAAAAUAUUCUUCAAUUGAUA